AUGUAUUCACCACUCAACACCUCCCGCAAAGAGAUACGAUUACUGCAUAUCCACCCCGCUGCUUGGAACGAUGGCAUCGAAUGUUAUAUGGAAACCGUAUCCUUGAAAGACGACCCCAAGUUUCAAGCCAUCUCAUACGUAUGGGGCGACACAACGAAUAAACUAUCCAUCACGGUCAACGGACAAGAGUUGGCGGUAACUCAGAACGUAGUCACUGGCCUCCAAAGACUCCGCGCUACAGGAGAGACCCUGGCCCUCUGGCUCGAUGCAGUGUGCAUCAAUCAGUCGGAUAUUCAGGAGCGGUCCGAGCAAGUACAGUGCAUGAGGGAGAUAUACAGUUCCGCCGACGAAGUUUUCAUCUGGCUAGGUUACGGUCGCGACUCGCAUUCCCCCUCGGAGCAGCCAGACAUUGUCCGAUGGACUGGUGACAACAGAGAUUUGGAAAUCGUCGACUCGUAUUUCAAGCAAGGAACAUUACAGAAUGGCUCAAAUGACGAGGGCAACGAAACCGAAGAUGUAGUCGGCCUCUUCGUCUACAUGAAACUUCGAGCUAUGGACAAACACGUGCAUGAAAUACCCUUUUUUGAUGUUCAAGGAGGUAAACUACAAGCCGGACACACAUGGCUAGCCAUCAUUCAGGCUAUGCACACUCUGAGCAGUCAUCCUUGGUGGACACGGAUUUGGGUCGUCCAAGAAACAAUACUCGCUCGGAAAGGCACCGUCUUGUACGGCAAAAUUACUGUACCCUGGACUCUGGUUGCGGAAUCCACCCGCGCUGCUGCACGCCACAUUCAUUGUUGUGGUGAUCUGCACCAGGCACGAGGGGGUCGCGAACUGCGCGCCAUUGUCGAAUUGAGAAAGGCCAGGUAUGACGAUUUGGAGUGGCUAAGGGCUGCAAGAGCACAAAACAAAAAAUUAAGCCUAUACCAGGUCAUGAGUCGGACAUACUCGCGCAACGCAACAGAUGUCCGCGACGAAGUGUUUGGGGUACUGGGAUUGGUCACUGACUGGCUUGGUCAGCCGCCUUUGAUUCCUGACUACGAUUUGUCUCCGAGCGAAGUCUUUAUGCGCGUAGUCACCAAGCAUAUCGAGAGCACUCUUUCCUUGCAUAUACUGAUGGGCACAACUCGGACUGGUAUACCUGAUGUACCAUCGUGGGUCACGCAAAGGGGUCGUGCUUCGCAGAGUUCUAGCUCAGCAACUGGCUAUAGAAUCAACCGCGCAGUGCUAUUUUCCGCAGCGGGUGGCCGCCCAGCCAGCGUCAGACGAGCGGAUAAUGUCUUGAUUGCAGACGCUUUUGAGCCACCCCUCAUCAUUUCACAAGUGGGCUCAACUUUGCCAGGAAACCAUGAUUGGCACAAACUAAUAUUUUGCAUCACAUCGUGGCGCCACAUGGCGCGACCGGAAACUCCAACGGACCACACUCUUGGCUCAAAAAACCCGCAAUACGAGGCAUUCUGGCGUACAAUUACCAACGAUUCAUGGCAACCACAACGCAUGAAUUCAGUUGACAUACUUUCUGCCCAACUCGACUUCAGUGGGGAGGUGUUCACUGCAUACCGGCGAUUUGGCGACACCGAUGUCAGCCGUAUAGCAGAGGGCUUCUGGGACUGGGCUCAAUCCCAAGCAAAAGGCGACUUGAAGAAAAGCGAAGAACAUACUAGCAGUAUGGGCGAGAUCAAAGCGUUUUACCAUUCUCUUUUGGGCGCAACACUGGACCGGCGAUUUUUCCUUGCUAGUAAUGGCUGCAUGGGAAUGGGUCCGCCUGAGAUGCAGCCCGGCGAUAGUAUUAUUAUCUUUCUGGGAAGCACAGUACCAUUUUGUAUUCGGGCAAUUCAAGAUGCGCCGGAUGGUCACUACACGAUUGUUGGUGACGCAUAUGUGCAUGGCUUAAUGGACGGGGAAGGUAUUCCGAACGGCUCUGAAGAGAAAAUUGUUCAAAUACAUAUCCACUGA